AAAACUUUGACACUGAACAGUCGUUGUCAGAAGCCAAUCAAGCUACUACACACACACACCCCAACCAUUUAAAUCAUAAAAAAAAUUCCAAAAAAUAAUAACACAAACAAAAAAUUUAAUCAAAAUCAUUUAGGAAAAUAAAUGGAAAAGUCUAAAGUUUUAAUAAAAGGUGAAGAAAUUAAAUGAAAUAAACGGAUAUAAAAUAAAAAAAAAUUUGAAGCAAGCAUUGAUUGCACACAGUGAUAAUAAGUUUGGAAAUAAUAACCGGAAAUGAUACAAAACAACAUAGGAUGCAAUAACAAUAAAUAGUUCUAUAAAUUAUCAUCACUCGGCCACGAAACACUAGCAGUGUUUUGUCUCAUGAAAACGGAAAAAUAUAAAGCACUAGCAAAAUAAAGUAAUAAACAAACAACAAUAACUGCAAUCAUAAACAAUAAUAUUUGGAAUAACAGUAGCAACAACAACAACAAAGUUAUCAUUGCAGCACAUCAUCGAUUCCAUUGAUUAUUUUAUGAAACUUUUGCUCUCGUUGCAACACCAACAGAAAUAAAUAAACAACAGACGCUGCUGCUGCUGCUGCCGCUGCUCUCCUGUAAUCUACAACAACAAUUUAAGUGCGAAAGCUCAGAGGCCACUUACAAAUACAUUCAUUGGCAAUUCUCUUUACGAAAUUGCAGUGAAAUUAAAGAGAAGACCUAGCACUGUUGUGAAAAGCUCUGAAUAUUUGAAAGAGAGACAUAGAGACCGUUUACUCUUCAUUUAAAUAAAGAAGGACUAAAACCAAACGCAUUAUAACCAACCAACCAAUCAACAUCUAACCAAACGUUCGUUGCGUGUUGCAUUGCUUAACAGAAACCGAAACAGAAACAAAAGCAGGCUGUCAGAACUCACCAAAAUUACAGAUAAUUAAACAAAAAAAAAAAAAAAAAAUCAUAAGGAACUCAUUAGUGUGGCACACAUCAAACGAAACAACAACAACAACAAAAGAACUCGGAAGGAUCACAUCAUUAACUGAGAAAAGGCACAAGAGAACAAAAGUUAGCCAAAGAGAGUCAACAAAGAGAAAGAAAAACAAAAAACAGAAAACAAAUUUUGAAGUGGUUAUGAAAAAUUGCCAUCAACAAGUUUAAUAGCUGGCGGCAAACAGGAUCAAAUCCCAAAAGCAUCAUCCAUACCAUACUCAGAGAUUUUAUUAGCAAUUUGGAGUAACUGAAGUGAGGGGCAAAGCCAACAGAGAAAAAACAAGUCACCCAGGCCAAUCAAAUACGUGUAGCUAAUUUUUUGUGUUUUUGGUUAAAUGCUUAUUACGCUCUCAUCAUUGCUGUAAAUCAAAACCUAUAGCUCUUGCCACAAUCUUUGUCGCCAAACCAAUCAAUCAGUCGCUCUCUCUCUCUCCUAUCUCUAUAUAAAUUUUUCGCUCUGUUGUGACGAUUAAACAUCUCAAAACAGUAACAGAAAACCAUCCCAAAAAUCAAAAAUAAAAUCAAGCAAAACAACACCAAAAAAAUCCACCACAACCACCAAACACCACCAACCACCACCGUCAGAGCUAUUUGAAUCAUCAACCAAAUCAAAAAAAUCAAAAAAAAGCAAAAAAACAUUUCAAAACAAUCGCCCAACCAGAGAGGUUAGCUAAACUCGUUUCUCUCUCGCCAUCGUUAUCGUUAAAACCAUCAAAAUUCCCAUCAUAAUGGCCGAAGACGCUACCAUGGAAACUUGCCCCAGCCCUGAAAUUGGUGACUCUAGAAAAAGACCACUCGAUACCGAUCCAGAAAAUGAACAAUCCAAACGCUCCCAUUUCAGUUCUGCAACAUUCCCACAAAUGUAUUAAAUGAAAAAAUAAAAUAUAUUAAAAAAAUAAAAUUGUGAUAAAAAAGUUAACCAAAUAUUGGUACAUCAAGAAAAAAACUCAAACAUCUUGUAAAAACAAACAUGUUGUGAUAUUAAAUAUUUAAAGGCCACAAAUCAAGCGAAAUUUUCAUCUAUAAAAAAAUAUCUGCCUGCAGUGUUUACAAAACCCCCAUAAACGUCAUUUACCAAGCUUUUUGACAUCCCAAAACAAGCGAGAAAAAAAAACAAGUGCAGACAUCUAAACAAAAAUCAAAAAUAGAAAAAAUCAAAAUAUACAAAAAAUAAAAAUUCAAUAACAAUACGCCCUCCCCAGAAGAUCUCUAUAAAAUUAUCCACAGCAAAAAUUAAGAAAAAAAUCGAAGAAAAAUAAAUAAAAAAUACAACAACAUUACAACGAUAAAGCUAGCAACAACGUUUUUGUUCUCUUGCAUCUGCCCAACUCCAACAACAACAACAUCAUCAAGGUGGCCAGCCAAAUUCGAGCACCAGCCGUAAUAUCAUCAGCACCGCCACAAACACCACAACCAGUAUCAGCAUCAGCAUCAUUUUGUAGCAGCUUUAACAACUGGCCCAUAACAAAUCAAAGGAUCCGGCAAAUGUUGAUAAACAAUGUUUAUAAACAUCGAGCACAGCAAGAGAGCAGUAGAAGGAGAGAGAAAUAAAAGAGAUGCCUACAGAUAAUUCAAGGAUAUAACAAAACGUCCAUUCAACCAACCAACCAACCAACAACCAUCCAAGCAACUGUAAAUGUGAUAAUUUUCCAAUUUCCAUUUUCCCCCAUAAAGAAAAACAAAAGAGAAGAAAAAAAAUCUCCAAAACCUACAAAUUAUUUGACAAGACUGAACAAAAGAUAGCUGGAAAGCUCUUCCUGAAUCACAAAACACAACGUCCACAAAAAAAAACCGAAAAAAAUGUCACAAAUAAAUGCCCUUAGCGAAAGUCUCAUGACAAAUGCCUUCGAUUUAAUUGGAGGCUCCACCAUGGCCCAACAGUUUUUGGAGCAUAUGGAUUUUUAUGCCAACAAUGGCACAACAACAACAACAACACAUCACAGUCAUCAUCAACACCCAGAACAUCAAAAUUCACAGACACCAUCACCCAAUUCCUCCACAACGACGACGACGGCGACGACGAAUAGUGGUUAUCGACAACAACAACAACUGCCAAAUAAUCUGGAUUUUCAUCAACAAACUAUGGAAGGAUUCUUCCCCACCACCAAACAAAUGAUGAUGUUUGACAACCAACAACAUCGGAAUUCAAAGUCUGAAAACAAUUCAUCGGCCUCCUCAUCGCCAAGUUCCUUAAAUUCCAAUCAUUUGUAUAAUCAUUUUUAUAAACCACUACAGCAGCAGUAUACAGAAGCAACAACAAACCAGCAUCAGGGUGGACCAAGUUCCCCAGCAAACAUGCCAAGGCUGUAUGAGCUGUAUGGGCAACAAAGCAAUCCACAACAACAUCAGGCCUCAAUGCAACAUUCCCUCUCCAACACGAGUAAUCAUCUCAAUCACCACCACAACAACAACAACAACCACCACCACCAACAACAACAAUCAUUAGAAAAUAAUUUAUAUCAAACCUCUCAGCAUUUAUCCAAUUUAAAUAUACAGAUGGAUUCGCAACAACAACAACAACAGCAACAAAACUUAGCACAAACAGCUGUGAUUGGGCCAACAUCGUCAUCCACAUCCGGCACUUCAUCGGCAACAUCAGUUGCAACCAUGAUGGGCUCCAGCAACAAUACAACCUUGGUGUUGGGCAACCAUAACUCCGCAACGAAUAACAACAAUGCCAACAACCAUUUGAAUCAUAACAAUAAUAAUAACAACAACAACAAUAAUAAUGGCCCUAACAUGGGCAAUAAUAUGAGCGGAUCAUCGUCGAGUACGGCUACGUCGGUGUCCACCGUUACCACAUUGGCAAAUCCAAUAUCACCUCAGCAGCAGCAGCAAGAGCAACAAUCUCAGUCUCAACAGCAUCAGCAAUAUCAUCAUCAGCAGCAUCAACAUCAGCAGCAGCAUCAUCAGCAACAACAUCAACAUGAAGGCGGCUCAACAUCUCCCUAUAAAUCCUGUUUGUGUUUUGGGGACUCAACCUACCACAUGAAGAUUCUAGUUCCAGCCGUGGCCUCAGGGGCCAUUAUCGGCAAGGGUGGCGAAACAAUUGCAUCUUUGCAAAAGGACACCGGUGCUCGUGUUAAAAUGUCCAAAUCCCAUGAUUUCUAUCCAGGCACUACCGAACGCGUUUGCCUCAUUACCGGCACCGUUGACGGCAUCAUGGCCGUCCUGGACUUUGUCAUGGACAAGAUCCGCGAAAAACCAGAUCUAACCUCGAAAAUUCUCGAUGCCGAAAGCAAACAGAGCCAGGAGCGUGAUAAGCAAGUGAAAAUUUUGGUGCCCAAUUCCACGGCCGGCAUGAUUAUCGGCAAGGGUGGUGCUUAUAUUAAGCAGGUCAAGGAGGAGAGCGGUUCGUAUGUGCAAAUCUCACAGAAACCAAAAGAUAUAUCAUUGCAAGAACGUUGCAUCACCAUCAUCGGUGACAAGGAGAACAACAAGAAUGCCUGCAAAAUGAUCCUAUCGAAAAUCGUCGAAGAUCCCUCAUCGGGAACGUGUCUUAAUGUCUCAUAUGCUGAUAUUAAUGGGCCAGUGGCCAAUUUCAAUCCAACUGGUUCGCCAUAUGCCACAAAUCAGAAUGCCAUCAAUUCGAGUACAGCAUCGUUGAAUUCGACAUUGGGCACAACCAUUGGUGGUGCUGGUACAGCAGCAGGUCUUCUAGUCAAUGGAACGGGCAUUAAUUUGUCGUUGAAUUUGAGCUCACCAAAUCCGGCACCAAAUCUAGCUUUAGCCACACAAUUGUUGGAACACAUUAAGGUCGCUUUACGCAGUUCAGGUUAUUCUGAAACAGCCACCACAGAGGUCUGUGCCGCAUUAGGUGUUUUAGCCAAAUACGGUGUACUCGGCAUGGGUGUUGGCCUGCAACACACCAACGGUGCCCACACAACACUUGGUAGCUAUUUGGGUGUCUCCGCCUUGGAUCAACAGACCGCUGCCGCUGCUACGGCCGCUACUGCGGGCAAUGUAUUCGGUGCUGUCGGUCAAGUUAAUUUAGAGCAAUACAGUGCUGCUGUUGCGGCCGCCGCAGCUAAUCGACCCACUCAACAACAGCUGGAUGCUGCUGCAGCCCAAUUUGAUCCAUUCCGUCAUUUAAAUUCAAAUGCUGGUCAAGCCGCCACACCGGUAUCGCUGAAUAACAAUAGUUUUGGAUUGACCGCUGCCACCGGCACGGUGACCACAGCGCCCACUUUGAAUGCGGCAACUGGUGCACAUGCCCUGAGCGGUAUUAGCAAGAGUCCCACACCGGGUGAUUUAAGUGCCAAGGAUACAAAGAAUGUGGAAAUUCCUGAAGUGAUUGUUGGCGCUAUUUUAGGUCCCAAUGGUCGUUGUUUAGUUGAGAUCCAACAUAUUUCGGGUGCUAAUGUGCAAAUUUCAAAGAAAGGCAUUUUCGCCCCUGGCACCAGAAAUCGUAUUGUAACCAUAACUGGUCAACCGAGUGCCAUUGCUAAAGCUCAAUAUCUAAUUGAACAGAAAAUCAACGAGGAGGAGACAAAAAGAGCGCGACAAAUUCCAUUAGCCACUGUUGUGAAUUAAAAGAAAAAAAAAAAAAAAAUACAAAGCAAAACAAAACAAAAAAGAAAAAAUCAAAUUUUUUUGCAAAUAGUUAAAACACCAAUUCACCAACACCACAACAACAACUAUCAUCAACAAACAAAAGAAAUCCUUUCUUCAUUAACAAAAAACCAACAACAACAACAAAUAUAAAUAUAUAUUUCUAAAGAGCGUUACAACCAAAAACCGACAAAGAACUAAAUCUGUUUAUUAGUCUUGUUCCUCAGCAAACCCCACCCCCCCCCCCCCCUCUUCCAGCCACCCCUUUUCACAUCAAUACACAAUUGUUCACAAUGAAAAACCGAAAAAAUAAGAAACUAUAACAAAUAAUGUUCUUGAAUGAUUAGAUAUUUUAAUUAUUGUUAUAAUAACUAAAUAAUUAAAUUCAAAACAAAACCAAGAGAAAAAAAAAUCGAAAAGUUUUAAAAACUUACAAAAACCAGUUUUCCUAACUUUUUUCCCCAACUGGAACUGUUUCACCUGUUUCCCAAAAUCACCCCUCCCCCAGAGAAGGGAAAAUGAAAAACAAAAAACAAAACCAACAACAACAGAUUACUUUCAUUACAUUUAAAUAAGUAAAAUGAAAACCCCUAAAUAAAUUAACAAAUAAUUAAAUAAAAUAAACAAAACAAAAACUUAGUAAAAUAUACAAUUAAUAAUUUUUAAAAUUAAAUUAAAACAAAUAAGAAAAAAAGAAAAACUAAAUAAUGUAAAUUCAAACAAAGUAAUAAGAAAAAAACGAAAAAAGUGUUAAAAACGUAAUUUUUUUAAGGAAACUACAAAGGAAAAGAAAAAUGGAUAAAACGAAAAAAAUCUUCUUAAAAAACAACAACAAGAAAAUACAAAACCAAUAACCUUAUAAAAUAUAUUUAAAAGAAAAAUACAAAAAACCAAGAUAUAUAUACAAGAGAUAUUUUCAAAACAAGCAAACCAAUUUCUGCUCUCCCUCCCUUUCCCCUCUCUCUCUCUCUCUUAAGAAGAAACCAUAUUUAAAGCUCCAUUUAAUUGACAUUAAUGUUGAAACUAUUGAAAAUAUUUAGCGAAAACAAAACACACAGACAGAGACACAGACACAUUACAUAUAGCAACAACAACAACAAAGAAAGAAGAAAAUUUAAAAAAAAAUGGAAAUAAAAAAGGAAAACUAACAACAAACCUAAUAAUAAUAAAUUGUUAUUAACAUUAAGCCAUAUAGUUUAAAUAUAUAUAAUGAAAGAAAAAAUAAAAACAAAAAAACAAUUUUCCUUUUUUAAGUAGCUACAAUUAAUGACAAAAAAAAGAUUUUUAAUCAAAUACCAAGAGAGAAAACAUAACAAAACUUUCAAUGUUUGAAAAAAAUAAGAUAUUUAAAGACAAUAAUAAUUGUACUGUAAUACCAACAACAACAACAACCGAAGCAAAACAAAAAAUUCAAGGCAAAUAGAGGAUAUUUUUUUAAGGUGUUGUAUUUUUCUUUUUAAUUUUUUUUUGUUAUUUUAAAUAACUUUUUCAUUCUUGUCCUGUAAAAAAAUUGUUUUUUUUUUUAAACCAAAAAAGGAUGGAUGGAUGCUAAUAUUGAAUUUAAAAAAUAUAUUUAAAAAGCAAAUCAUUGAAGGGUCUCCCCAAGAGAAGUGUCAAAUAUUUGGGAGGAAUUUUAAAUAUAUCAAAAGGUCGCUAAUUUUUUGAUUUUAAGAGUGUUCUUCGUUUUUAUAAAAAUAAAAAAGAAUGGUCUUAAAUUACGGCUCAAUUACUCCUAGCUAUCAUUAUCCGAAUUUAUGGCCACAGGAAUCCGUUUAUUACAUCCUGUCCGUUGACUAAGAAUGGCGAGAGAGAUAGAGAUAGCCGCAAUAAUUUUAAUAGUUAUCAGCAUUGCUAGUGAGAAUUAUUUUUCAAUUCACUCAUCAGUCAUUUCAUAUCGGACUUUAAUGAAAAUAAUGGAGAGAAGAGAGGUUCUUGACUAAUUGAGUCGAUCAAUGAUUAUUAGAAGUCAAUAAUACGAAACAACCAGUUAAUUGCUAAUUUUCGAUUGUAUUUCUCUCUCUUUUUUUCUCUGCGGUUCACAUGUAAAUUUUACAUAAAUAACAAAUUAAUUUACAAUUGGUACUCACACAUUCGUAUGUGUAUGUUACGUAUAUCAGUUAUUAGCGGCUUCCAACGAAAGAGUAUACACGAAAGAGUAUACAACUAAAGAGUAUAUACAAACUCACAGGCAUGCUCUUUUUAUUUUCAUUUGCCGUAGUUUUGCAUAGGCCAUUGGUGAGCACAAAAGUAAGUUUGGUUCUUUCUCUCCCUGUGCAUUAAUGGUGGAGAGACUUGCUCUCAAUGGAAGGCAUGUCUGAGUAAUGUAUUCAGACUUUUUCAAUGAUUUGUUUUUUAUUUAGAUUUUUUCAUCUCUUUUGAAAGAAAAAAAUAAAUAAUAAUUUGUUGUUUUGUUUUCCCUAAAUAAAAAAUAUUUUCUUUUUUUCCUUCUUGUUAUACACAUAUAAAUAUACAAAAAAAUCUCAAGAAAACCUGAAUAAAAAACAAUAAGCAAGUGAAACGCAUGUACCAUAGUUAUUGUUUUAGCACUUUUUUCUUUUACACACACACAUACUGUUACAUACUGUUUAUUUUUUUAAUUUUUGUUUUUGUUAAAUAAAGAUCACACGCAUACAUAUACAAACAUACAUAGAUACACAAUAAAAAAAAUAAUAAUAUAAAUAAUUUUGUUUGUUAACAGAAAUCAGGAAUUUGUUUUUAUAUGUUGUUGUUCAAUUGUUUUUUAAUUAUUAUAAUUAUUAUAUACAUAUAUAACAUAAACAAAAAAGAAACAUUAAAGAAAAACCGUAAAAUUAAUAAUAAUGAUAAUUUUUAUUAAACAUUAACUUUAUAGCUAAUAAUAAAUUAAAAUUUAAAAAAAAAACGAAAUCAAUAACAUUGUUAAAUUAGAAGAAAGAAAGCAAAACAACAACCACUUACAGUUUAGACAAAUGGUGUAAAAGAAAAUUUACAUUAAUGUUAGGUUAACAUGUUAUGUUAAGUUAACAUAGGAAAUUAUUAUUAUUUUAUUUCUGUUAAUUAUUCUGCUAUAUGUCUAUUGACAUUGAAAUAUAAAAAAUAAACUUAAAUUAACCCGCAGACUGUAUUAAAAACAAAGUAGACAUUUUUAAAUAUUGGAAGAAAAUUAUCUAAAAAUAUUUUGAGAAUAUUAAUUGAAUAAUUGGGUAAAAAGAAUUAGUUGAUAUUUGCCUAAAAAAUUUUCAAAAAUUAUUAUGGGCAUUAUAGAACCAAGAACAAAGUUUUCCACGCAACUUAAUUUAGGAAACUAACUCAAAUUUGGAUUUUUUCUUUCUUGAGGACUUUAAUAAAACGAAACGAUUUCCAGGGACUCGAAAUAUCCCAAAACUACUAUUGGUCAAAAUGGUUUUAAGGGAUUCAGAUAUAUCCAUAAUUUUUCUUAAUAGAUUUUCUUAGAAAAAUUAUCCAUGUUAUCCAGAAAUGUCUGAAGACUGGCCAUUGGGUCAAAUGGAGCAAGAUAUAUCAAAAAAGUUCUUAACAACUCCUUUCCAAUUGACUUAUUUUAUAUCCGUCAAAAAAUCGUAAUUUAAGACCUGGAGCGUCUCCAAAAGUCCCCUGGCGAUUCAAAAGGUACUAUGUUUGUGGACUCAUUAUUUGAACAAUUUUCAGCCAUGAAUACAGAAUGAGGGUUAAAGAAUAUGUAAAGAACAUUGUAAAAAAGGGUUAUUUAAACAAAGUCAAAAAUUACUACACAAACAAUGUUAGUUAACAGUAAAUGCUAAUUUUAUACAGCUGCAAAAGAUAACAUUUUUCAUUUAACAUUGCUGAAUGUAAAUGUUAAAAUAACAUUAAAGCAUAUAUAAACAUAACAUGAAUGUAACAUAAACAUUUCAAUGCUAAGUUUUAAAUUUAACAUAAAUGCUAUUUAAAUAUAAAUAAUUUUAACAUAAAUGCUAAUUUAACAUAAUUAAUCAACACAUAUGAUAACCGGCAGAAAUGUUAAGUUAACAUAAUGUAAAGUAACAUAAAUGUUUUUUUUUUUAGAAAAAAUUAUCAUUUAACAUUUUUGUUGAUACGACAUUUGUAGUAGUUUAACAUUGCUCUUAACUUAAUGGAAAUAUAAAGUUCCUGGCAUAAAUGUUGAAUGAAAGAAAAUCUUAAUAUAACAGACAUAAAUGCUAAUUUAACAUGAAUUGUUAAUUCAGCACAAAUGUAAAGCAUACAUGUUAAAAGAUGUUAUUUUUCAACAAAUGCUAUAGGUUAACAGAAGUGUUAUGUUUACUUAACAUCAAGUAAUAUGAAUUAGAAAUGUUAAAUUUAUCUAUAUAUGAUAUAAACAUUAAUGUUAAAAAUAUAUGUCACGGAAAUUUUAAAUUAACAUAAAUGCUAAAUUAGCAUACAUGUUAUUUUAACAUUAUUACUUUAUUAUAUGAAAUGAUAAUUUAAUGGAGAGGUUAAUUUGGCAUAAAUGUUGAAUUAAAAUUUCUGUCAAAUUUGCAUAUCUAUGUAAAAAACAUUUACAAAAAUGUAAAAUUAGCAGAAUUAUUGAAUUAACAUAAAUGUUAAAUUAGCAAAAAUGUUAAAUUGGCAAAAAUGUUAAAUUAGCAAAAAUGUUAAAUUGCCAGAAAUAUUGAAUUAAAAUAAAUGUUAAAUUUAUAUUAAUUAUAAAUUAAUAUAAAUGUUAAAUUAGCAAAAAUGUUAAAUUAACAGAAAUAUUGAAUUAACAUAAAUGUUGAAUUUACAUUAAUGUUAUAUCAAUAUAUGUUAAAUUAACAUAAAUGUUAAAUUAGCAAAAAUAUUAAAAUGGCAGAAAUGUUAAAUUAACAGAAAUAUUGAAUUAACAUAAAUGUUAAGGUUACAUUAAUAACUUAUCGAUAUAUGUUAAAUUAGCAAAAAUGUUAAAAUUUUUUCAUUAAUGUUAAAUUAAUAUAAAUGUUAAUUUAACAUAAAUGUUUAAUUAGGAAACAUGUUAAAUUAACAGAAAUAUUGAAUUAAAAUAAAUGUUGAAUUUGCAUUAAUGUUAAAAUUAUAUAAAUGUAAAAUUUGUUAUGGUUAAUGUUAUUUUACAUAAAUAUUAAAUUAACAUAAAUGUUAAAUUUACAUUAAUGUUAAAAUAAUAUAUAUGCUAAAUGUACAUUAAUGUUAAAUUAACAUAAAUGUUAGUUUUACAUAAACAUUAAAAAUUAAAUUAACAUAAAUGUUAACAUAACGUAAAUGUUAAAUUAUUAAAUUAGCAUAAAUGUUAAAUUAACAUAAAUGUUAAAUUUUUGCAUAUGUAAAAUUAUUUUUUUUUUAAUUAGAAAUAUUUAUCAGACAUGUUAAUUAGCAGCCAUGUUAAUACCAUAUAUGUUAACUUAACAUGACUGUAAAAAUGCGAUAAAUGUUAAGUUAUUGUACAUUUUUAUAAAUUUUUUACACCUCUAAAUUUACCAUAAAUGCUAGCUACCUAUGUUAAUUUUGGCCAAAAAUGUUAACCUAACAUAAAUGUUAAUUUUUAAAGCACCAAAUUUUAAAGAAAAAAAAAAACGAUAAAUAAUUAUGUUAAAACUCUCAAACAAUUGUUAAGUUAGUAGAAAAUAAAAAUGAAAAACAAAUUACAGAUUACAAAAAAAAAAAACCGCCAUACAAAAACCCGACGAAUCAUGAACGUUUUCAGUUUGAAUUUUGAUUGUAAGUGCAAUUGAACCUGGCUCCCAAAAUCCCAACUUCAAGCAAAACAAAAAAGAAAAAAGAAAAAAACAAGGUAAUUUUAAUGUAAACAUAGGCUAGUGAUGAAUAACAUAACACACAGACAUAUACAUAUAUAUCCUGUUGAAGAUAACUAAAAACAAAUACAACCCCUUUGGAUAUCCUGUUGAGAGAAUGACAAAAACGAAAAAAAAAAACAAAUUCAUGGAGUGCCUAAAAAAAUCGUAGUAUUUUUAAGUAAUGUGUUCUUUUCAGCUUUUUUUGUAAUGGAAUUAUUUUUUGUAAUUUGUUGAGUGCUGCUAGUCCCAAAAAAAUGUGAUGAUGAUGAUGAUGAGCGAAAAGAGCUGAGUGGCUUUUGGUUUUUGUUCAAGAAAGAUAAUAUUUUGAAGCCCAUUGGCUGGCGAAAGGACAAGUUGGAAAGGAGACAUGUGGUAAAAGAGUGUUGUGUGGAGUUCAACUCUUUUUGUUUAUUGUUUUUUUUUUUGACAUUCUACUUGAAAGCGCUUAUUUUGUUUCUUUUGUUUUGGCAAACGUCUUCUCCUUAUGAUUUUUGAUUUACGAUUUCUGUUGUUGUUCUAAUUUCCAUUUGUUGAUAAUAUUAUCUUCCAUGCUCUACCACCACCCAUCCCCCCACGCCCCUUUGUCAUCCCAGGAAUGCCAGUCUAAAUUUUUGUUGUUAUGAUGCCUUUUCUUUGAAAUCAAACACACACAUACACAGCAACAAACACCAAUUUGAAAAGCAAUAAUGGGUUUUCCUCUUUUUUACUCUAUAUUUGUAUAUAUUCCAUUAAAGAACCUAAAAACCUAUUUGAUAUAUAUUUUUUUAUUUUUUCCAUUUAUUAUUUUUCAUUUUUUUCUUUUUUUUUUAAAUUAAGUUAAAUGCGUUAAACAUACAUACACUACAUCACAUACAAACUUUUUUUUAUUACUAUUAUCCAUAUUAUUAUUAUUAUAUUAAAAAAAAAAUCCAUUUUUUUUUUGUUUUCUUAGUUUUAUGUUUAAAAACAAAUUCUAUUAUUAUUAAAUAUUAAAAAAAAUAUAUAUAUAUAAUAUAAAAAAAAAACAAAACUAAAUAUUUAGUCAUGUGCAAUGUAGUCUAUGAUGCUGCAAUGAAAUUGUGUUUUUAUUUGUAUAUAAUUUCAAACUCAGAGACCGAAAUAAAAGACAAUUAAUUCUAUUUCUUCCAUUUUUAUUAAAUAAAAAAAAAAAAAAAUAAAAAAAAACUAUUUAAAAAAAAAUUAUCAAAUGAGAUACCUUAUUAAAAUAAUCUUUUUAAAAAAACUACUUUUCAUUAUAAAAACAUCACAUUUUUAGAAAAAAAAAAAACAAAAUUGAAAACCUCUUUCAUUCAUUUUCUUUUAUUAGUUUUCCUUUGAUUUUAGUUUAAAUUUUAAGUGCAUUUUAAUUUUCGAAAAAAAGUAAAUAUAUAAAUUGUGUUAAAAAAAAACAAAUCCUAAAAAUUGUAUGUUUAGUUAUAAACAAAUGAAAUAAAUAAAGAAAUAUUUUAAACUAAUAAAAACAAAACUUUAUAAAAAUCCUCUAAAAAAAAAAUAAUCAAAAAUGUGUUUUUACUUUACAAUUCAAAAAAAGAAACAAUAUCAAAAUAAUUUCUUCAUUAAACUCCAUCAAAACCAAGCGCUCCUCAAUUCUUUUCUCAAUCAUCACCAAACAAUCAACCAACCAAUCAGUCAGUCAGUCAGUCAAUCAGCCAAACUCCUCUCUCUCCACCACCAACUCAACAAUAAAUCAACCAAUCAACCAAUCAAUCAGUUCAUCAUCAACAACUCCAACAGUGUCUCAGCCUUAAAUUAUGUUUCACUCCACCACAGAUCAAAGCUAACCCCCCAACCC